AUGAAUUUGAUGGACAUGCUAAUGGAGAACGGAGAGUCGUUUAGAAACUACCUGGAGUUUGGGGCCACUGAGCAGUAUCCGGUGCAGUCUGUUCCGAAAAAUGUCUAUUACCUUCCAACUGUUUUCACCAAAUUGCAAAAAGACAUGAGUGAAGCCGUGGUCCAAAUCUUCCGGCCGGCACUUACCAAGCAGUUGGCAGCAAGGAACCAACGCACAAGCAUCAAUAGUCUUUUGGAUUCUGAGCCGGUAGUCAACGGAACGGGUGACCAAGAGAUGAACGACGAAGAGUUGGGAGCAUUGAUGUUUGACCAAUUACGACAACUAUCACGGCAUCCGUCAUUGGUGGUGGACCAUUUCAUUCCCAAAAAACUUUUGCUUCUGGAGCUCAAGGAUAGGCUUUUGCACAUGUCAGGAAAGUUGGUUUUCUUCGACCGGUUGGUGGACCUCAUAGCAAAAGAGUACGAACUGGGUGAGUUGCAUGACAACUACAAUCUAUUGGUGGUUGCAGAGAAUGUCAGAGAGAUCGAGUGGAUAGAGGGCCAAAUUAUUGGUAAAAAGUUGAAUUACGUCAACCUUAGUGCUCGCAAACUUUACGACGCAGAGGAAAAACUGUCACGUUUUGUUAAAGAGGACAGCGUGGACGAGGACCAACAAAAUCCCGAAUUCAAGAAACGCCGAAGGCAUUUUGUUGCUCGCCAGAGCAAGUCAGGCAAGUAUGUUCCACAAUUCACCUUACAUCUUGUCACGUGUCGUCAGCUUUACCUGAGUUAUUCAUCCAACACACCAUUUGACAUGAUCGUGUCCUUUGAUAGCGACAUCGAUGUGGAAAGCGCUAGUAUAGAGCUUCUAAGGACGAACAAUAAGGCAAACAACAAGUCUUUGACAGGGGUUCUGAUCAAAACACCCGUGAUUAUCCCAAUCUCUCUCUUUUCCAUCGAGCACUUCAUAACACUUCUCCCGAAGCCCAACCCUAGUCUUUCCACUCUAUCGGAUUCUGAAAAGCAAUGGAAACUGAAGGUAUCCAAGAUGUUCAUCGCAAACAGGCACCAGCUAUUCAAAGAGUCAGAUACCAACUUCUACCUUGACACUUACGGGCGCAACUUUGCGUUGCUCCAUGACUGGCUUUUCCAAUGGGAUAGAGUAGAGUUAGAGAACGUGAAGCAGGUGCAAGAUCAUUCCAACGACGUUUCUCGAUCUUGCUCGCCUGAAAAGCUCGAGAAACGCUUGAAUGAUAAUCACUUACAGGCCCUUGGGAAGAUAUUUGCUGAUACAACCAAUGGUUGGGAUGUGACUAGCCAAUCAGUUAUACCCAAUGAUGCCUCGCUAAACUAUGAGACCUUCAAGAAGAGAUUUGCUGAGUUCCUCAAUAGCCGGAUCGCACAGGCUGAAACUCUUAUUCACGAGGGGACAACCAGUAUUCUUCCAGCGUUCAGAGAUGCGGAAGCAAGACGACAAGAAGAAAUUGACCAAGAUGAAGACCUCGUUGGCCAGGAGUACCGCAAAUUGCGCAAACUCAAUGAAGAGGCCAGCAAUGUGGACCGCAAAUUUGAUCGUUUCGAGAAUGAACAUGCUCGUAUUCUGGCUCUAGAAUCGGAAACUAGUGAUAUGUUGACACAUCUCGAGGAUGUAACCACCAGCAAAGACGAAGAAGAUCUCCUCAAGUUAGUUGAUGAGCAGCUGUCACUUUUGAAGCAGCUAGAGGAAGAAAAGUCAAAGCUCGAUGCAGAGUACAAGAGGGUAACAGAAGAGACGGAUAAUCUCCGAACAGAGUAUCAGUCCAAAUCAGCACGGGCACUUGAGUCUACUGAAGCGCUAAGCUCUGCCAAAGCCCUUCAAGCAAGAUUCGAAGCCAAAUUGAAUAAACCUGGUAUGACCACUCUACCAACGCUUACACGAAGGGACGAACUACAGGCUUAUGAGACGGAGAAACGGAGAAUCAAACAGGAAAACACAUUUAUCAAGCUGCUUUUCCUGAAACGGUUGGAUCAGCUUGUGAAGGAGAGAAGUGCCAUUUUGGAUACCACAAACUCUGGAUCGAGUAGCCGUCCUAGCAACCGUAUCAGUCGUGCGUCUACUCCAUUUACGUGA